AUGGCCGAGCACGAUGAGGACCACGAGAUCGCCGAGGCGAGUGCUUCUUCUCAGGAGCCGGAGCGCUUAUCACGAUCGAGCUCCGAGGCACUGCCCGAGGAAAAUAGAAUCUUCGAGCACAUCCGUGACGAAGACCGUGAAGAGCUAACUCGCAUCGCAUCCAACUUUCCCCGGCACCGUGCAACCGAUUCGGGCGUUGGAACUAUGGGAGGCAUUGAACGCAAGGAUACACUGGAGAAUGUCGAGUUGGGUGAUCCGGUCCUGGACCCGACCAGCGAUCAAUUUGACCACUACAAAUGGGCCCGCAUGAUGCUGAAGCUCAUGGACAAACAAGGAGUGUCCCUGCGCAAGUCAACUGGAGUCGUAUUCCAAAACCUCAACAUUUCCGGCUCGGGUGCUGCUCUUCAGUAUCAAAACAAUGUGGGCUCAGUUCCUCUUGCUCCAUUCCGGCCGCAAGAAUACCUAUCUUUCGGAAAGAAGGUCCCUCAGAAACAAAUCCUUCGCAAUUUCGAUGGUGUACUUCAGAGUGGAGAGCUUCUGAUUGUUCUUGGACGUCCCGGAAGCGGCUGUUCAACCUUUCUCAAGUCUCUUUCGGGAGAAUUACAUGGACUGAAGGUUGACGAGGGGUCUGAUAUCCAGUACAAUGGUAUUCCCAUGGAGAAGAUGCACAGGGAAUUUAAGGGCGAAGUACUCUACAACCAAGAGGUCGACCGUCACUUUCCCCAUCUCACUGUCGGCCAAACUCUUGAGUUUGCAGCCGCAGCCAGAACUCCAGAGAAUCGACUUCAGUGUAUCAGCCGCGCAUCUUAUGCCAAACAUAUCACCCAAGUGGCCAUGGCUGUUCUGGGAUUGAGCCAUACCUAUAGCACGAAAGUCGGGGACGACUAUAUCCGAGGUGUUUCGGGAGGUGAACGAAAGCGUGUCAGUAUCGCUGAGAUGGCCUUGGCUGGAGCUCCUGUUGGUGCUUGGGACAACAGUACCAGAGGCUUGGAUUCAGCAAGCGCAUUGGAAUUCGCCAAAUCUCUACGGGUUUCGGCCAACCUCACUGGCAGCUGCCAUGCUGUUGCCAUCUACCAGGCUUCUCAGGCAAUCUAUGAUGUUUUCAACAAGGUCAUCGUACUUUACGAAGGCCGAGAGAUCUUUUUCGGUCCAUGCAACAAAGCCAAGGAAUACUUCAUUGAUAUGGGCUGGGAUUGUCCGCCACGUCAGACGGUCGGUGACUUCCUAACAUCGGUGACAAAUCCACAAGAACGAAAGGCUCGGGAUGGGUUGGAUAACAAGGUCCCACGCACCCCUGACGAGUUCGAAAUGUAUUGGAAACAGAGCCCUCAUUACGAACAACUCAAGAAGGACAUUGCCGAAUACUGCGAGGAAUAUCCCGUUGGUGGAGAAGCUGAAAAGGACUUCGGUGCCACAAAAAGACUGCGACAGGCAAAACAUGUCCGACCGAAGAGUCCCUACGUCAUUUCAAUUCCCAUGCAAGUCAAACUAUGUGUGAAGCGAGCAUACCAGCGUAUCUGGAACGAUAAGCCGUCGACUCUGACCACAGUUAUUGGGCGUAUUGUUAUGUCCCUCAUUAUCGGUUCAAUUUACUUCGGAACACCAAACGCGUCUGCUGGUUUCCAGAGCAAGGGUGCCGCACUUUUCUUUGCCGUUCUCAUGAAUGCUUUGAUCAGCAUUACGGAGAUCAAUUCGCUCUAUGACCAACGUCCAAUCAUUGAAAAGCAGGCCUCAUAUGCUUUUGUCCAUCCAUUUACUGAAGCCUUGGGAGGGAUUGUCUCGGAUAUUCCAGUCAAGCUUGUAUCUGCUGUGGUAUUCAACAUCAUUUUCUACUUCCUGGCUGGUUUGCGUUAUGAGCCUUCUCAGUUCUUUAUCUUCUUCCUGUUCACGUUUCUAAGUACACUUGCAAUGUCUGGGAUCUUCAGGACUCUUGCCGCAUCGACAAAGACCCUGGCACAAGCAAUGUCCAUGGCAGGGGUGAUCGUCCUUGCUAUAGUCAUCUACACCGGCUUCGUGAUUACAGCGCCUGAAAUGUCGAAGAUUCCAUGGUUCAGCUGGAUUCGCUGGAUCAACCCAGUCUUCUACACCUUCGAAGCUCUUAUCGCGAACGAGUUUCACGGUCGUCGGUUUGAAUGCUCUCAAUUUAUACCUGGAUAUCCAAGUCUGACUGGCAAUUCUUUCAUCUGCGCUGUUCGUGGCGCAGUUGCCGGAGAAAGAACCGUCUCUGGAGAUGCCUAUAUCGAAACUCAGUAUUCCUACUCGUAUGCACACGAGUGGAGGAAUCUUGGUAUCCUGAUUGGAUUCUGGAUCUUCUUCAUGGCGUUAUAUCUCAUCGCCUCGGAGCUCAACUCCUCGACUUCUUCUACCGCUGAAUAUUUGGUGUUCCGCCGAGGUCAUGUACCUGCCCAUCUUCGCUAUCUGGAAAGAGGUAAUGGCGAUACCAGUGCAUCAGGAGCAACUGCGGGCCCAACCCGAAAAACAGAGCAAGAUACUUCUGCCAUUCCAUCUCAGCAUGAUAUUUUUACUUGGAGAAACGUCUGCUACGAUAUCCCGGUCAAAGGCGGCGAGCGUCGGCUCCUCAAUAACGUUUCGGGAUGGGUGAAGCCUGGCACACUCACGGCUUUGAUGGGUGUAUCUGGCGCUGGAAAAACUACGUUGCUUGAUGUACUGGCCAAACGUGUCUCGAUCGGUGUUGUUACAGGCGACAUGCUUGUGAACGGUAGCCCUCUUGACGCAAGUUUCCAAAGGAAGACCGGCUACGUCCAGCAACAGGACCUCCAUCUCCCGACAACGACGGUAAGAGAAGCCCUGCGGUUCAGCGCCAUGCUGCGGCAGCUCAAAACCGUCUCGAAAAAGGAGAAAUACGAGUACGUUGAAGAUGUUAUCGACAUGCUUGGUAUGCAAGAAUUUGCCGAUGCAAUUGUGGGAACGCCCGGCGAGGGAUUGAAUGUAGAGCAGAGAAAGCUUCUCACUAUCGGUGUCGAACUGGCUGCCAAGCCAGCACUACUAAUAUUUCUGGAUGAGCCUACUAGUGGUCUUGAUUCACAAAGUUCUUGGGCAAUCUGCUCCUUUCUACGAAAGCUCGCAGAACAUGGUCAGGCAGUUCUGUCAACGAUUCACCAACCUAGUGCUCUUCUUUUUCAGCAAUUCGAUCGUCUGUUGUUUCUAGCAAAGGGAGGAAAGACGGUUUACUUCGGAGAAAUCGGAGACCAAUCUCGGACUUUGCUAGACUACUUCGAGGGUAACGGGGCCCGAGUUUGCGGCUCAUCUGAAAAUCCUGCGGAAUACAUGCUAGAAAUCAUCGGCGCCGGUGCUUCAGGCAAAGCUUCUAAAGAUUGGUCUCUUGUUUGGAAUGAGAGUCAGCAAGCGAAAGAUGUGCAAACAGAGAUCGAUCGGAUCCACGAAGAACGAGCAUCUGCGGGUAACAAGCAAGAAGAGGGUCAGCUGGGUGAAUAUGCAAUGCCCUUCUGGUAUCAGCUAUGCUAUGUAACACAUCGCUCAUUUCAAGGGUUUUGGCGUGAGCCAUCCUAUGUAUGGGCGAAAAUUAUGCUGGGUACCCUCUCGUCUCUCUUCAUCGGAUUCACCUUUUUCAAGCCGGACAGCUCACUACAGGGCUUUCAAGAUGUGCUCUUCAGUGCAUUCAUGUUGACAUCCAUCUUUUCAACUCUCGUUCAACAGAUCAUGCCCAAGUUCGUCGUCCAGCGUUCCCUUUACGAGGUCCGCGAAAGACCUUCCAAAGCCUAUUCCUGGGCCGCGUUUCUGGUUGCCAAUGUCAUUGUCGAGAUUCCAUAUCAGAUUUUCGUUGGUGUCAUUGCCUGGGCCUGCUAUUACUUUCCGAUAUAUGGAGCAAAUCAGGCCCCAAAUCGGCAAGGCCUCAUGCUUCUUUUCGUCGUCCAGUUCUACAUGUUCACCUCCACAUUCGCAUCAUUCGUGAUUUCUGCGUUGCCCGACGCGGAAACUGGUGGAACAAUCGCGACGCUGAUGUUCAUCAUGACUCUCACAUUCAACGGUGUUAUGCAGCCGCCCAGUGCAUUGCCCGGCUUCUGGAUUUUCAUGUACCGCGUCUCUCCACUGACCUACCUGAUUGCUGGUAUCACAUCAACUGGCUUGCACGGUCGUCAAAUUCACUGUGCCGACGCCGAGAUGAGUGUCUUCAAUCCCCCGAGUGGGUUGACCUGUGGCGAAUAUUUGACUCCGUAUGUCACUGCCGCUGGUGGCCAGCUGUAUAACCCUGCGGCCACGGCGAAUUGCCAGUAUUGUCAGCUAUCAAAUGCCGAUCAGUACCUGGCAUCUAGCAACAUAUUCUACAGCGAGCGCUGGCGCAACUUCGGCCUUGGCUGGGCUUACAUUAGUUUCAAUAUCUUCGGAACUGUGCUGAUGUACUACAUGUUCCGCGUCAAACACUACAACCCCACUUCAUUGAUACGUGGUAUUGGCCAUUGCGCUACCUUUCUGUGUCGCGCAUUCAAGCGACGGUCUGGAAGAACCCCCCAGGGAAAAGAAGCGGACAAUGGUCGACUUGUUUAG